CAGAAGGCUAACAUAGGAAGCGCCGUUAUCGCGAGAUUCAAACUCAACCCAGCUCGCUGGACGCUAGUGCAAGAUGGAGAAAUGAAAUUUACACGCAUCUCGAUUGUUUUAGGAGACCACACAAAACUAUGCUGAGGAGGAGGAAAUGGAGCUAGUGAACCGAAGAAGUUUCUGGUAUUGUGAAUGAAACAUGAUGUUAAGUGGGUCUUGUCAAAUUACUUACUGAGCAUCAGCUAGAAACUAGCGACAAUGAAGGUCGACAGAAGCAAGUUAAAGAAAACCCCAACAGAAGCUCCUGCGGACUGCAGGACGCUCAUAGAGAAGCUCAAGGGAUGCAGCGACGAGCAACUACUGCUGGAGCUGCAGCACAUCAAGACCUGGAAUAUUGGCAAGUGUGAGCUUUACCACUGGGUUGACCUGCUGGACCGUUUCGAUGGGAUCCUGUGUGAUGCGGGCCAGACGGUGGAGAACAUGUCGUGGUUGCUGGUCUGUGACCGGCCGGACAACGGGCAGCUCAAAGCCUUACUGCUGGCCGUGCUCAACUUCACAGCCCUGCUCAUUGAGUACAGCUUCUCCAGGCACCUCUACAGCUCCAUAGAGCACUUGACCACCCUGUUAGCAUCGUGUGACAUGCAGGUUGUUCUGUCUGUGCUGAACCUCCUCUACGUGUUCAGUAAACGCUCCAACUACAUCACCAGACUGGGCUCUGACAAGAGGACCCCUCUGCUGGCACGCCUACAACAUCUGGCUGAGAGCUGGGGAGGAAAGGAGAAUGGCUUCGGCCUGGCAGAGUGCUGCAGGGACCUGGCUAUGACGAAGUACCCUCCCAGUGCCACCACACUGCACUUUGAGUUCUAUGCUGAACCUGGCCCCGAGGUCAAAGUGGAGAGGAAGACCAGUAGUAACACACUACACUACAUUCACAUUGAACAGCUCGACAAGAUCUCUGAGAGUCCCAGUGAGAUCAUGGAGUCUCUGACGGUGAUGUACAACAUCCCUAAAGACAAGCAGACCCUGCUGUUCACGCACAUCAGACUGGCCCACGGCUUCUCCAACCACAAGAAGAGACUACAAGCUGUACAAGCCAGGCUCCACGCCAUCUCUAUCCUGGUGUACUCCAAUGCACUCCAGGAGUCUGCCAACAGUAUUCUCUACAACGGCUUGAUAGAGGAGCUGGUGGACGUGCUACAGAUUACAGAUAAACAGCUCGUGGACAUAAAGGCAGCGUCUUUACGCACCUUAACGUCCAUUGUGCACCUUGAGAGGACACCCAAGCUGUCCAACAUCAUCGACUGCACCGGCACAGCCUCCUACCACGGCUUCCUGCCUGUACUGGUGCGCAACUGCAUACAGGCCAUGAUCGACCCUCUGAUGGAGCCGUACCCGCACCAGUUUGCCACGGCGCUGUUCUCCUUCCUCUACCACCUGGCUAGUUACGACGCUGGGGGGGAGGCCCUGGUCUCCUGUGGGAUGAUGGAAGCCCUGCUCAAGGUGAUCAAGUUCCUGGGGGACGAGCAGGACCAGAUCACGUUCGUGACGCGUGCGGUCCGAGUGGUGGACCUCAUCACCAAUCUGGACAUGGCAGCCUUCCAGUCACACACUGGCCUUACCAUCUUCAUCAGCAGGCUGGAGCAUGAGGUGGACCUGUCUAGGAAAGAAUGUCCUUUUGUCAUCAAGCCAAAGAUCCAGAGACCCAACUCCACCGUAGAAUCUGAGGACAUGGACACGGACAUGGACGGCCAGUCAGAAAGCAUGUCAGAAGAGAGGAUGGAGAGCAGCCCUGGUCCCUCAACUUCCUCUGGCUCCAGACCUGAGACCGAUCCCAGAGGACUUAGCAACACUUCCAGCACGCCCCGUACAGGCGUCCAGUGUAUUCCCCAGAGGGCCGCUCUGUUGAAGUCAAUGUUAAACUUUUUAAAGAAAGCCAUCCAGGACCCUGCCUUCUCUGAUGGCAUCCGCCACGUCAUGGACGGGUCCUUGCCUACCUCACUCAAGCACAUCAUCAGUAAUGCCGAAUACUAUGGACCUUCUCUCUUCCUACUGGCAACGGAGGUGGUGACAGUGUUUGUGUUCCAGGAGCCGUCUCUGCUCUCCUCCCUGCAGGAUAACGGUCUGACUGAUGUCAUGCUGCAUGCCCUGCUCAUUAAAGACGUCCCGGCCACCCGGGAGGUGCUUGGUUCUCUCCCUAACGUGUUCAGUGCCCUGUGCCUGAACGCGCGAGGCCUGCACUCCUUCGUCCAAUGCCAGCCUUUUGAGCGCCUCUUCAAGGUGCUUCUGUCACCUGACUACCUGCCUGCCAUGAGACGACGCCGCAGCUCUGACCCUCUGGGAGACACGGCAUCCAACCUGGGCAGUGCUGUGGACGAACUGAUGAGACAUCAACCCACUCUGAAGACUGACGCAACUACUGCCAUCAUCAAGUUACUGGAGGAGAUCUGUAACCUGGGCCGAGCCCCGGAGUACAUCUGUCAGAAGCCCUCUAUCCAGAAGACUGAUGGCACCGUGACCGCGCCCCCGGCACGCUCUUCCCACGCCGCCGAGGAGGCCUCCAGCGAAGACGAGGAGGAGGAGGAGGCGCUCCAUACCUUCACCCAGCAGCAGGGGGAGCCAGAGAGCAACAGACAGGUUGUUGGCACCGAAGAGAGGAUACCCAUUCCUCUGAUGGAUUACAUUCUCAAUGUGAUGAAGUUUGUGGAGUCCAUCCUGAGUAACAACACGACCGACGACCACUGUCAGGAGUUUGUCAACCAGAAGGGUCUUCUGCCCCUGGUCUCGAUCCUGGGUCUACCCAACCUGCCCAUUGACUUCCCCACAUCAGCUGCCUGUCAGGCUGUAGCCGGGGUCUGCAAGUCCAUACUGACCCUGUCCCAUGAGCCCAAGGUGCUCCAGGAAGGGCUGUGUCAGCUGGACAGCAUCCUGUCGGCCCUCGAGCCGCUCCACCGCCCCAUCGAGGUCCCCGGGGGCUCGGUGCUCCUCCGAGAGCUUGCCACCGCCGGUCACGUGACCGACGCCACGCUGUCGGCCCGCGCCACGCCCCUGCUACACGCGCUCACCGCCGCACACGCCUAUAUCCUGAUGUUCGUGCACACCUGCAGGGUAGGACAGAGUGAGAUCAGGGCCAUCAGUGUGAACCAAUGGGGCUCCCAGCUAGGUCUGAGUGUUCUCAAUAAGCUGAGCCAGCUCUACUGCUCUCUGGUCUGGGAGAGCACUGUGCUGCUGUCACUCUGCACACCCAACAGUCUCCCCCCAGGCUGUGAGUUUGGCCAGGCUGACAUGCAGAAGCUUGUUCCCAAAGAGGACAAGCCAUCUGGCAGCACCACAGCCACAGCCACCGCCUCAGGAUCCAGGAGAGCUGCUGAGUCUGACACUGUUGCUUUGGACCCCUCUGCCACCGGUCUCCUGGAGGGGAUGGGGUUGGACGGGGACACGCUAGCCCCCAUGGAGACUGACGAGCCGACCGCCGGCACCGCUGACCCCAAGACCAAGUCUAAACUGACCCCCGCCAUGGCCACACGCAUCAAGCAGAUCAAACCACUGCUCUCCGCAUCGUCUCGCCUGGGCCGGGCUCUGGCUGAACUCUUUGGUUUGCUGGUGAAGCUGUGUGUGGGCUCUCCAGUCCGCCAGCGCCGCUCUCACCACGCCACCAGCACUGGCACUGCCCCCACCCCCGCCGCCAGGGCCACCGCCUCCUCCCUCACCAAGCUGCUUACCAAGGGCCUCAGCUGGCAGCCCCCACCCUACACCCCCACCCCUCGCUUCAGGCUGACGUUCUUCAUCUGCUCGGUGGGCUUCACGUCCCCCAUGCUGUUCGAUGAGAGGAAGUACCCCUACCACCUCAUGCUGCAGAAGUUCUUCUGCUCCGGAGGACAUGACGCGCUCUUCCAGACAUUUAACUGGGCUCUUACUAUGGGUGGUAAGGUGCCUGUCUCUGAGGGCUUGGAGCACACUGAGCUUCCUGAUGGGACAGGGGAAUUCCUGGAUGCCUGGCUGAUGCUGGUGGAGAAGAUGGUGAAUCCCAGUACCGUGCUGGACUCACCCCACAGCCUGCCCGUCAAGGUCCCUGGGGUUACCCCCACCACCCCCCAAUUCAGCGCCCUGCGAUUCCUCAUCGUCACUCAGAAGGCGGCGUUUAACUGCAUCCGAAGCCUGUGGAACAGGAAACCCCUCAAAGUGUACGGGGGCCGCAUGGCUGAGUCCAUGUUGGCUAUACUCUGUCACAUCCUUCGUGGUGAACCAGUCAUCCAGGAGCGGCUGGCCAAGGAGAGGGAGGGCACGGCGCGGCCAGAGGAGGAGGGGGGCCCAGGGGCCACCACGGUGCCUGUAGGCCCCAGCUCUGGAGCUGGAGGUGGAGGUGGAGCUGUAGGGGCCCCUGGAGCAGCAGUGACUGCAGCAGAGGUGCCAGCAGGUUCCGGGUCAGGACCGGCUACCGGAGGCAGUACAGCACCACCUGCACCAGGUGAAGCAGCAGAGGACUCUAGUAACUCUACACCCAGGAGAGAACCACAGGUUAACCAGGUUCCGCUACAGCAGAGUCAGGGAGGAGGCAGGGAGAGGCAGCCAAACGUCAACCAGCAGCAGCUACAGCAGCUGAUGGACAUGGGUUUCUCCAGAGAGCAUGCCAUGGAGGCCCUGGUGAACACCAGCACCAUGGAGCAGGCCACAGAGUACCUGCUCACACACCCUCCUCCUCUACUCAGCGGAGCCGUCAGGGACAUGACCAUGUCAGAAGAAGACCAGAUGAUGAGAGCCAUCGCCAUGUCUCUGGGACAAGAGGUCAGCAUGGAGCAGCGCUCUGAUUCGCCCGAGGAGGCAGCGCGUCGUCGUGAGGAGGACGACAGGAGAGCCAGGGAGCGUACGGAGGAGGAGGAGGCUCGCUGCCUGGAGAGGUUCCUGGAGGCCGAGCCCCUGGACAUUACGGAGCUCCACGCCUUCACUGACUCCAUGCUCCCCGGCUGCUUCCACCUGCUGGACGAGCUGCCAGACACAGUCUACCGCCUCUGUGACUUGCUCAUGACCGCCAUCAAGAGGAGCGGCCCCGAGUACAGGGACCUCAUCCUACGACAGGUCGUCAACCAGGUGUGGGAGGCAGCAGACGUGCUGAUCAAGGCAGCAGUACCCCUGACCACCAGCGACACCAAAACAGUGUCCGAGUGGACCAGACAGAUGGCUACCCUGCCCCAAGCCUCCAACCUGGCAACACGCAUCCUGCUGCUCACACUGCUCUUUGAGGAGUUGAAGCUGUCGUGUGCCAGGGUGGUGGAGAACAGUGGGAUCCUCAAUGUGCUCAUCAAGCUGCUGGAGGUGGUGCAGCCCUGUCUGCAGGCUGCCAAGGAGCAGAAGGACAUCCAGACACCCAAGUGGAUCACUCCUGUGUUGCUGAUCAUUGACUUCUACGAGAAAAUGGCGGUCUCAUCCAAACGCAGAUCGCAGAUGAACAAGUACCUGCAGCCCAAUGGUAAUAACUGGCGUUGGUUUGAUGACCGUUCCGGCCGCUGGUGCAGCUACUCUGCCUCUAACAACAGCACUAUAGACUCAGCCUGGAGGGCCGGAGAAAGCAGCGUCCGAUUCACCGCGGGACGCAGGCGAUACACCGUACAGUUCAACACCAUGGUCCAGGUGAAUGAGGAGACGGGUAACCGUCGUCCGGUGAUGCUCACGGUCCAGAGAGUGCCUCGCGUUCCUAAACCGGCUAAGACGGGCAGCAUGACGGACUCUGAGAGAGAGGAGGGAGACAGGGGCAAGGCAGAGGAGACCCAGACAGACCCAGACUCUGCCCCAGUAGUCGUGGAGAUGAGUGCUCCUAAAGAGGACAACGCUACCCCCCAACUAAAAGAGUCCUCCCCCGGUCCCUCUGCUCCCCCCGCCCCCCCUCCCACAGCCCCCCUGGACCCCACAUCGGAACGCACCGGGACAGGAGGAGCCAUCGUGGUGCAGGGCCUGACGGAGGAUAUGACCACAGUGCUCAUCAGAGCCUGUGUCUCCAUGAUCAGUGUCCCUGUGGACCCAGACACCCUCCACGCCACACUAAGGCUAUGCCUGCGCCUGACGAGGACCCACCAUUACGCCAUGAUGUUUGCUGAGCUGAAGAGUACCAGGAUGAUCCUGGGGCUGACGCAGGGGUCAGGGUUCAAUGGCUUCACGCCCCUCGUCACCCUGCUGUUCAGACACAUCAUCGAGGACCCCGCCACGCUACGACACACCAUGGAGAAGGUGGUACGGUCAGCAGUGACCAGCGGGGCGGGCAGCACCACGUCAGGAGUGGUAUCAGGCUCCCUGGGCUCCAGAGAGAUCAACUAUAUUCUGCGUGUUCUGGGCCCUGCCGCCUGCCGGAACCCGGACUGCUUUGCUGACACAGCCAACAGCUGCGUCCGCAUCGCCCUGCCCGCACCUCGCGGAGCUGGUACGGCCUCAGAUGAUGAGUUUGAGAAUCUGCGUAUCAAGGGGCCCAACGCGGUGCAGCUGGUGAAGACCACCCCCCUCAAAAUGUCUCCGCUGCCCCCCAUCCCUGACACCAUCAAAGAGGUCAUCUAUGACAUGCUAAAUGCCCUGGCCGCCUACCACGCCCCUGAAGAGGCGGAGCGUCCAGAGGAGCGUGCGGUGGCGGUGCCCGGGGGGCAGGACCUGUGUCAGAUCCUCCAGGAUGUAGGCGAUGACGUUUACCAGCAGUACAGACUCACCAGGCAGGGCAGUGACUUCGACUCGCAGUCCGCUUUCCAUAUCAACCCCCAGGUGUUUUCUGCAGAUGGAGCGGUAGCUGACUCCUCUCAGUCUGGAACACCCCAGGGAGAAGCCUCUACUCCAGAGGAGAUGCGUGAGGAGAAGAAGGAGGUGGAGGGGGAGAAGGGAGCCAGCUCAGAGGAGGGUAAGGGGGCCAAGGCUAAGGCCUCCAAGCCCCUGAUGCCCACCUCCACCAUCCUGCGUCUCCUGGCAGAGCUGGUCAGGUCCUACGUGGGCAUCGCCACCCUCAUAGCAUCCUACUGCUACACGGCCGGACAGUCUGAGCUCAUCAAGGAGGACUGCAGUGUAUUAGCCUUCGUGCUAGACCACCUGUUGCCCCACACCCAGAGCUCUGAGGACAAGGACACCCCGGCCCUGGCACGCCUCUUCCUGGCCAGCCUGGCAGCUGCUGGCACAGGCACCGAUGCACAGGUGGCCCUGGUCAAUGAGGUGAAGGCCGCACUCAGCCGGGCGCUGGCCAUGGCAGAGGGCACGGAGAAACACGCCAGGCUACAGGCGGUGAUGUGCAUCAUCAGCACCAUCAUGGAGUCGUGUCCGUCCACCUCUAGCUUCUACAGCACGUCAGCAGCCAAGACGCAGCACAACGGCAUGAACAACAUCAUACGCCUCUUCCUCAAGAAAGGACUGGUCAACGACCUGGCUAGAGUACCGCACAGCCUCGACCUGUCCAGUCCCAACAUGGCAAACACAGUGAAUGCAGCUCUGAAGCCCUUAGAGACUCUGUCCCGCAUCGUCAACCAGCCCAGCAGCCUGUUUGGAGGGAAGGGGGGAUCCAGCAAGAACAAGGCUGAGCACGACACUGUGGGAGCCGCCAGGGACUCCAAUAGCAACACACAAGGUGACUCUGGGGAAGCUGAGGGGACUCUGGUGGAGGGCAGUCACAGGGUCCAGGGGACAGACAGUGACCUGAUGGACGGAGAGACGGAGGGAGACACAGCGGUCAUCGCUGGACAGCCGGAGGUGCUCAGCACAACGGCCAUGCAGGUGGAGAACGAGCUGGUGGAUCUGAUAGACGAACUGUUGGAGAGAGACGCUGGCGCCGUCAAUAGCUCCAUUAUCGUGGGACGUGGCAGUGGUGAGGAUGAAUCACAAGAGGACGUGUUGAUGGAUGAGGCACCCUCCAAUAUCAGUCAGGCUUCUACUCUACAGGCCAACCGAGAAGACUCUAUGAACAUCCUGGAGCCUGAGGAUGAGGAGCACACGCAGGAGGAGGACUCCAGUGGCAGCAACGAUGAAGAAGACAGCCAGGAUGAAGAGGAGGAGGAAGAAGAGGAAGAGGAGGAGGAUCAGGAUGAUGAAGAAGGAGAUGAGGAUGAUGACGAUGAAGGUUCGGAGAUGGAACUGGAUGAAGAUUUCCCAGACAUUAACGCUGCGCCACACAUCCGCUUCGAGAGGUUUGACCGCGACGAUGACCUCAUCAUAGAGUUUGACAACAUGUUCUCCACCACCGCUGACAUCCCUCCCUCCCCAGGCAACAUCCCCAGCUCUCACCCCCUGAUGGUGCGUCACGCCGACCACGGCUCCUUAACGCUGGGCGGAGCUGGCACCAACAACCGCCUGGCGCAGGGCAUGGGUCGUAGCCAGAGAACGCUACGCCAGCUCACCGCCAACACGGGCCACACGAUACACGUCCACUACCCCGGGAACAGACAGCCCAACCCCCCACUCAUCCUGCAGAGACUGCUAGGUCCCAGUGCUGCAGCAGACAUCCUGCAGCUGUCCAGCUCUCUGCCCCUUCAGUCCCGCGGCCGCGCACGUCUCCUGGUGGGCAACGAGGACGUGCACAUCAUCGCCCGCUCCGACGACGAGCUGCUCGACGACUUCUUCCACGAGCAGAGCAGCACCGGAGGACAAGCAGGCACUCUGUCCAGUAUCCCCACUGCCUUAACCCGAUGGACUGAUGAGUGUAAAGUACUGGACGCUGAGAGCAUGCACGACUGUGUAGCAGUGGUGAAGGUUCCUAUCCUGCAACACUUGGAGACCCUGAGAGACGAGGAGCUGGAGGAGAGGAGGGAGAAGAAAAGACGCCAGCUGGCGGAGGAGGAGGAGGCUAAGCAGAACGACAGAAGGACAGGAGGAGAGGAGGCCAGGGAGCAGAGUCUACAGGGCUCGGGACUGGGGACGGUCAACGGUGCGGCUGGAGAGACCACUGCUGAAGGUGAGGCCCAGGGUAGUGGUGUGUCGUGUCUGGACCCCCCUCGGGUCUCGGAUGGUUUCCUCACCGCUCCCCCCUCAGGAGAGGUCACCCCCACAACCCCCGCCCCCCACGAACAGGCCCUGGUUUCCCUGGAGACUGCCAUCAGCCAGCAGGUCCACCAGCCAAUCGCAGACCUGCUCCUGGCCGAGUCGCAUGCCAAUUCGCUGGCUGUCCUGGCAGGGGCCGGUCUUCCUGCCCUUGCAGCGGCAUCCGAUAGGCCGACCUGCGAAGUGGAGGCGUCACAGAUGGAAAUGUCCCCGGUGCCCACUAUUGCCUCCCUGAGUCCAGACAUCGUGGAGACCGCUGAGCCUGCAGCGGUGGGCGUGUCACUACUGGAAGGGUCUCCCAUGGAUACCAGUAGCCCCGCAUCUGCCACGCAGGAAGAGCUCGUCCCCAACCCCACCCAGGCUGUCCAUCUGCCACAGGAGCUGUCAGGGAGUGGAGAUGGCGGACUGACGGCCAGGCAGACAGACGGGGAGUCAGGCUCCACCUCUGUCUCCUCCCCUGGAGAGACCAUGCCCCGGAGUGACAGCGCAGACAGCCAAUCCCAGGCCAUCCAGGAAGAGCUCUUCCCAUCCACCAGCAAUGAGGAUGAGGACCCACUGGCAGGCAUCAGUCUACCAGAGGGUGUAGACCCAUCCUUCCUGGCAGCUCUUCCAGAGGACAUCCGUCGUGAGGUGCUCCAGAACCAGCUGGGUAUCCGACCCCCAGCACGCCCCCCUGCCGCGGCCACCCUCCCCUCCACCACUGCCCCCGUACUGGGAGGAGGACCAGGGGUCACAGAGGUCAGCCCUGAGUUCCUGGCUGCCCUGCCACCCGCCAUACAGGAGGAGGUCCUGGCCCAACAACGUGCUGAACAGCAGCGUAGAGAGCUGUCCCAGCAGCCCACGCAGGGCGACACUCCCCUGGACCCCGUCACCUUCAUCCAGACCCUCCCCUCGGAGCUGCGUCGCUCCGUCCUAGAAGACAUGGAGGACAGCGUGCUGGCCGUCAUGCCCCCGGACAUCGCCGCCGAGGCAGCCGCGCUGCGCCGGGAGCAGGAGGCUCGUCAGAGACAGCUGAUGCACGAGAGGCUGUUCGGCCAUAGUUCCAGCUCGGCCCUGUCGGCCAUCUUGAGGUCGCCUGCCUUUACCAGCCGCCUGGGGGGCAACCGAGGGGUACAGUACACCCGCCUUGCCGUGCAGAGAGGCGGGACCUUCCAAAUGGGAGGAGGGGCCAACCAGAGCAGACCGUCCAGUUCCAGUGUGGACUCUCUGCUGCGUCUGCGCGGUCGUCUGCUCCUGGACCACGAGGCAUUGUCCUGUCUCCUGGUCCUCCUCUUCGUAGACGAACCCAAACUCAACACCAGCCGUCUGCACCGCGUGCUCCGCAACCUGUGCUACCACUCCCAGACGCGUGGCUGGGUCAUCCGCAGUCUGCUCUCCAUCCUGCAGCGCAGCAGCGAGAGUGAGGUUUGUGUCGAGACCACCCGCCUGGAAGACGCCAGAGGCAAGAGGACUGCUGCCGGUCAGGGAGGUUACGGAGGGAGUAAAGGGUCUACGACUGCAGCAACCGCUUCCGCCUCCCUCUCUUCCUCCUCCUCUUCCUCCUCUCUGGAACUUCUCAACCGGGUGGAGUCUCGUAGCUCCUCCCAGCUCUCUUGGCUGUCCGUUUCCAUGGACGCGGCGCUAGGAUGCCGUACAAACAUUUUCCAAAUCCAGCGAGCGUCGGGACGGAAGCAUGCCGACCGGCACUCUGCGGGGGGGACGUCAGGAGGGUCCGGGGGGACCCUGGGAGGAGGGGUACAGGGGGGUGCGGCGGGGAUGACUUGUGCAGGUGGAGGAGGGUCGACCGUACACAUCCACCCCCAGGCCGCCCCUGUGGUCUGUCGACACGUACUGGAUACUCUUAUCCAACUGGCCAAGGUGUUCCCCAGUCACUUCACCCAGCAGCGCUGUAAGGACAUGCUCUCCUCCUCCACAUCUGAACUAGACUCCCGUCUGUGUGCUGCUGCCUCUAUCGUCACCGGAACAGCAGGAGGAGGCUCUAGAUCCACCCAGACCUCUUCCAACACCCCCUCCUCAGCCCAGAACUCCCUGGGCGGGGGCGCCUGUGGUGCGGCGAUCACCCCCCAGUCCCUUGGCAUCUCUACCGACUUCUGGGACCUGCUGGUGAAGCUGGACAACAUGAAUGUGUCGAGGAAAGGCAAGGCCUCCAUGAAGACUCUUCCCCUGGGGGCGGGAGGGGAGGCAGACGGGGCUCAGUACAGCCUGGAGGCUUCUCCGCUGGGCCAGCUGAUGAAUAUGCUGUCCCACCCAGUGAUACGACGCUCCUCCCUGCUAACCGAGAAGCUCCUGCGUCUCCUCUCCCUCAUCUCCAUCGCCCUGCCCGAUAAUAAGGCUACGGAAGUCCCUGCCGGACACCCGACACCGCAGACCACCACCGCCGGUGCAGCCGUCGCUCCUCCAGGCUCUGUCUCCGCCUCUGCUCAGGGGACCACUGUAGGGGUGGUCUCAGGCGUCGGGGUGGUGUCGGGGGCCUCGGUAGUGGCUGCAGCGCAGGGCUCGUCCUCAGGGACAGGCCAGACCUCUACAGCUAUAGUGUCUAUACCCACAACUACUGGAGCCAGCGCCACAGGGAAGCAUAGAGCAACCGUGCUCUGUGUUGAAAGUGACACCAAGCUGGCCUCCACUGGACUCACUGAGAAACAACUACAGCUCUCUGUCGAGGUGCUGACCAGUCACUCGUGUUCAGAGGAGGGUCUGGAGGAUGCAGCCAACAUCCUGCUCCAGCUGUCAAGAGGAGAUGGAACCACCAGAGACACUGUGCUCCGUCUGCUGCUGAGUGGGGCUAGACACCUGGGAUACACACUCUGCAAACAGAUUGGCACAUUAUUGGCUGAGCUGCGUGAGUACAACCUGGAGCAGCAGAGGAGAGCCCGGGCCGACGCCCAGUCACCUGACGCACCGGUCGAGGACACCUCCCUCUCUGCCAGGCUGAAGGCCGGCAAGCUCUCUAGCAGGUUCGACGGCUCGGAGAGCGUGGUGAUCGUGGCAGCCCAGAAGCGUACGCUGGGCGGGCGGGAGCUGCAGCUGCCCUGCAUGUCCUCCCUGACCUCCAAGACGUCCACCCAGAAGUUCUUCCUGCGGGUCCUGCAGGUCAUCAUCCAGCUCCGAGAGGACACACGCCGCGCCAACAAGAAGGCCAAGCAGACUGGACGACUAGGCUCCACCAGUCUGGGCUCUGCCAGCAGUAUCCAGGCGGCGGUACGUCAGCUUGAAGCCGAGGCUGAUGCCAUCAUCCAGAUGGUGAGAGAGGGGCAGCGGGCACGCCGCCUCCAGCAGGCACCCCCGCCUUCCGCCUCUGUCGCCGGAUCCUCCGUGGCUGCCUCCCAUGCACCCGCCGCUGCCCCCCCUGCCCCCAGCACGGCGAGCGCUGCAACGUCGGAGGUAGGGUCAGUGUCGGAGCCCCAGGCAGCCCAGAGGGAUGAGUCUCCCAUGGAUGUAGACCAGCCAUCCCCUCUGGAGCAGGACCUUGCACCCCUGGAUGAAGAAGGCAACGGCCAAUCUGAGACAGAGGAGCGUCUCCCAGACCUCCCCCUGCUAAGCGAGCAGCUUCUGUUAGACGAGCUGUGGGACAUGCUCGGGGAGUGCCUGAAGGAACUGGAGGAGUCACAUGAUCAGCACGCCGUUCUGGUUCUUCAGCCGGCGGUGGAGGCCUUCUUCCUGGUCCACGCCACAGAGAGGGAGAGCAAGCCCCCCGUCAGGGACACCAGGGAGAGCCAGUUGUCCCACAUCAAAGAUGAGCCUCCCCCCCUGUCCCCCGCGCCCCUCACCCCCGCCACCCCCUCUUCUCUGGACCCCUUCUUCUCCAGGGAACCCUCCUCCAUGCACAUUUCCUCCAACCUGCCUCCCGACACACAGAAGUUCCUCCGCUUUGCCGAGACUCACCGCACCGUGCUUAACCAGAUUCUGCGUCAGUCCACCACCCACCUGGCCGACGGACCCUUCGCUGUGCUGGUCGACUACAUCCGUAUCCUCGACUUUGACGUCAAGCGAAAGUACUUCCGUCAGGAGCUGGAGCGUCUGGACGAGGGUCUGAGGAAGGAGGACAUGGCUGUCCACGUCAGGAGGGACCACGUGUUUGAAGACUCUUACAGAGAGCUGCACCGCAAAAGCCCCGAGGACAUGAAGAACAGACUGUACAUAGUGUUUGAAGGGGAGGAGGGUCAGGAUGCCGGAGGUCUGCUGAGAGAGUGGUACAUGAUCAUCUCCAGGGAGAUGUUAAUGCCAUGUACGCCUGUUCGCACCUCGCCCGGCGACAGGGUCACCUACACCAUUAACCCCUCGUCCCACUGCAACCCAAACCCUAGCUACUUCAAGUUCGUAGGUCGCGUGGUGGCCAAGGCCGUCUACGACAGACUGCUGGAGUGCUACUUCAGCAGCUUCUACAGACACAUCCUGGGCAAGAGUGUAAGGUACACAGACAUGGAGAGUGAGGACUCCAUUCUUCCAGGCCUUGUCUACCUGCUGGAGAAUAAUGUCUCCACUCUGGGCUAUGAGCUGACGUUCAGCACUGAGGGAGUCCAGGAGUUUGGCGUGUGUGAGGUGCGGGACCUGAAGCCUAACGGAGGCAACAUCAUUGUCACCGAGGAGAACAAGAAGGAGUACGUCCUAGUCUGUCAGAUGAAGAUGACUGGUGCGAUCCGUAAGCAGCUGUCAGCCUAUCUGGAGGGUUUCUACGAGAUCAUUCCCAAGAGGCAUUCCAUCUUCACAGAGCAGGAGCUGGAGCUGCUCAUAUCUGGCCUGCCCACUAUAGAUUUAGACGACCUCAAGGCCAACACCGAGUACCACAAGUACCAGUCCAGCUCCAUACAGAUCCAGUGGUUCUGGCGGGGCCGUUCCUUCGACCAGGCGGACAGAGCCAAGUUCCUGCAGUUCGUGACGGGCACGUCCAAGUUUCCUCUGCAGGGCUUCGCAGCACUGGAGGGCAUGAACGGAAUACAGAAGUAGAUCCACCGUGACGACCGCUCCACCGACCGCCUACCGUCAGCUCACACCUGCUUUAACCAGCUGGACCUCCCAGCCUACGAGAGCUACGAGAAACUGAGACACAUGCUGCUGCUGGCCAUUCAGGAAUGCUCAGAGGGAUUCGGACUGGCUUAGACCUACCCACACUGAGACUCUUAACAUAUAAACACGAUUUACUUUGCCUACUCUGAAAGAUUGAAACUGAUGACACACAGACGCACCAUCAUUGACAUUACUGGGUGACUUGUUGGAAAAAUGGCCUCUAGACAUACAACUGGUUCCUAAUCCAUAUAAAGAAACAGACCGACCAGCAGCGUGGUAUGAUGGGCUGACUGACUGAUAUUACCUACUACACACAGAGCCUCAUGUCAAUAGACACACAGACCUGUACCUGGUAUGUGUGAAUCUCCCUCCCCUCCCACAUUAAAAAGGCAGAAACCUGAGAGGGAGUGAAUUCAGAGGAUAAAAACAUGGACUAAUAUAAAAUACAUUUUCUCUGUUUAGUUUGAUUUCUCUGUACAAAAGGUUUGGGAGUUUAUGUUUAAUCUUUUUGUUCUUCUCUGGCUGUGUAAAAAGGAGAAGGUUGUGUGUGUGUCUGAACAGGAUGGUUAUAAAACCUUUGGGGGAAAAUGUUGGUUGUUUCUUGUUUGCGAAUUUGUGACCUCAUAAGCCUUGAAGAUGGGGGAAAAUGUUUUUAUGGGGAAAGAAGGAGAAAAAAGUUUUGAAGAAAUGCACUUUUCAAAGUUGUGGCAUUUUUAAGGAAGGAUGGUCCAAAAAAAAAAAAUGAAGAGAACAAGUGAAGAAAGCAGAUGAUAAAGAAAUUAACCACAAAAUCUAGAGUAUUUUUGGCUAUUAAAUCGCUGACCCAGCCUUGAGCCUUUGAAUCAGUGAAAUAACUACAUGAAUAAAUGCAUAAAAUUGA